GGGGGGGGGGGCGCAGCAGCCUGCCUGUAUAAAUUUCAGGGCUCUGCAGCAUUUCUGAACUGGUGCAGUGCAAAGGCUUGCUCAGUGAAGGUGUGCAGAACAAGGGGGACUUAAAUCUACUUGAAACAAAGCAUCCACAUCAAAAACCUUUCAAAAAAAAAAAGAACCAAAAAAACGACAACCAUGAGCUACGAUCCCUUCUAUUCCCGCCGGCCCUGGGACGACUACAGGGGGCCCCGGUCGGCCAAAUCCUCCAUCUCCUCCUCCCUGUACUCCACCCACCGCUCCCUACCCUCCACCAAGCGGUCGCUGCGGCCCUCAUCCUCCUCGCUGCCCGACCUGGCGGAGAGGAUGGACCUGGCCCAGAUGAGCACCCUGAACACCGAGCUGCUGGGCCUGCGGGCCAAGGAGAAGGAGCAGCUGGUGGGCCUCAACGACCGCUUCGCCACCUACAUCGAGAAGGUGCACCACCUGGAGCAGCAGAACAAGGUGCUGCAGGCGGAGCUGGAGGCGCUGCGGCAGCGGCAGAGCGACCCGUCCCGCCUGCAGCUGCUCUACGAGCAGGAGGCCCGCGGGCUGCGCGCCUUGCUGGACGCCGAGGCCAACGAGAAGAUGCGGCUGGAGGCCGAGCGCGACCACCUACGGGACGUCCAGGGCCAGCUGAAGGAGCGCUACGAGGACGAGGCGCGGCGGCGGGCGGACGCCGAGGACGCCCUGCAGAAGGCCCGGGAGGAGGCGGCCCGGGCCACGCUGGCCAACUGCGACGCCGAGGCCAGCGUGGCCUCCCUGGCCGAGGAGAUCGCCUUCCUCAAGAAGGUGUUCGCCGAGGAGCACGCCGAGCUGACCGCCCAGAUCCAGGCGGCCAGCGUCAGCGUGGACGUGGAGGUGGCCACGCCCGACCUGACGGCCGCCCUCCGGGAGAUCCGCUCGCAGUACGAGAAGCUGGCCAACAAGAACAUGCAGGCGGCCGAGGACUGGUACCGCACCAAGUUCGCCGGCGUGGCCGAGGUGGCCAGCAAGAACAACGAGGCCGUGCGGGCCAUCCGGGAGGAGACCUCGGAGUACAGGCGCAUGCUCCAGUCGCGCUCCUCUGAGAUCGAGGCCCUGCGCAACGUCAUCGACUCCCUCAACAAGCAGCUGGAGGACCUGGAGGAGAGGCAGGGCAAAGAGGUAGCCAAGUACCAGGAGAGAAUAAAUGAGCUGGAGAAGGACAUCGGUGACGCCAAGCAAGAGAUGGCCCGAUACCUGAGAGAAUACCAAGACCUCCUGAAUGUCAAAAUGGCCCUUGACAUUGAAAUCGCUGCAUACCGGAAGCUCCUGGAGGGGGAGGAGAUCAGGUUGAGCUUCUCCUCCCUGCCCGCCCUCACCUAAACCCCCCACAACCUCGAAGCCCAACGCGCCCUUGUUCCAAACAAGAGGUCCCACUGCAAACUCCCCCUUCUUCUUCACACACUGACUCUGAAAGCAGGGCAUCGAGGGCCCCAAGACCCCUCAGAGAGAGAGAGAGAGAGAGCCGAAAGGCAGCACUGCGUCAGCCAAGACACGAGUCAAGCCCACGCGCAAUAUCCUUUUGGUAGGGCCUUACUCCGUUCAGAGAGCCAAACUCCAAACAUCCGGCUAUUUGAUUCAACCCUAAGCACUUCAGCAAACAUUUAACCAACUGUUUGUAGGGGUGGAUUAAAUUCUAAUUAAACUCAGCUUUGGAUGCAUGGAUUUUACUCACAGAAUCUCAUUCAGACACAAGACAGCGAGAGACACACACGUAGUUUGAGUUCUACCAAGAGGAUAUUGGGCAGCACCGCUGGUCCUAUUGUAGUAGUCAGUAAAUCAGUAGAGAAAGAAUCACCUUCAUUAUGGGCAGUAGCACGUUCAUAUUUGCUUUUGCCUUCCUUGAUAUUUCACAUAUUAUGAGCUUCAGUUGAAGAUUUCAGUUCUCUCGGUUCACAAAGAAAUUCUAGCAGAAAAUCUCAACUUAUUUGAUUGGGAUUGAGAAUUGUUUUACCAGUAACAAAUAAGAUGCUAAAUCUAGGUUUUGUGUCCAAUAUUUACCGUAAGAGAAGCUCAGAAUAGAACGGAAAUGUCAGGAAGAAAGACUGAGGCCCUGUCGAAGGAGGCUCACUUCCUCUUUGUUGUAUCAGACAGUAGUUUUCAUUUAGCCGUUUUGCCCAUUUCUGUUCCGUAGCCCCAUUAAAUCUGAAUAAACUGUAAACCCUCCUAACACAAAAACAAAUAAAAAAAAAAUUAGCCUGGUAACUAAGCUUUCCGUUGCGCCGAUCUUAGAUCCGACCGGUGCUUUGAAUCUGUGAACCUAUUACCAAGUCUGCACCGUUUAAAGCCUGAUAUUUCUGUAAGUGCCAGCGACCUGCUGAAUAAAAACAACAAAGGCAUUACUAAGUA